AUGCUUGCCGGAAGACGUGCUAUUGUUACUGGUGCCUCGAGAGGCAUCGGGUUGGCGAUUUCCAAAGGUUUAGCCGAAUUGGGCGCCUCCAUAACCUUAUUGGCCCGAGACUCCGACGCAAUGUACGACAACGUGAAAAACUUAGCCAGACAGGAAUACCAGGAGCAUAAGUUUGUAACUUACAACCUUCUAGACUUGGCCCACGGCAAGGAGCCCGAGAACCACAGUUUCUUGUUGGAGGCCUUGAACGAGUCCUCCAUUCUCGUCAAUUGCGCCGGUACAACAACCAAUACCCUCUUGGCUAGAGCUCCAGAGCGGUCCAUCAUCGAUACCAUCGACACAAACCUUGUGGCGCCGAUCAUUCUCAGCAAGUUGGCAAUCAAACCAUUCACAAAGAUUGGCAAGCUGCAGAAGCAGAAGCCGGUCAUCGUCAAUGUUUCCUCUGUGCUUUCCUUUACCGGCCUUAGCAGUCCAGGAACCACGGUCUAUGCAGCCCUGAAAGCUGGUCUUUUGGGUUUCACCAAAUCGCUUGCCAAUGAGUUGCGGGGAUCCAUCCGUGUCAAUUCCGUCUUGCCUGCUUUGGUGAAGGAAACCGACAUGGGUAAGAAGGCUCCAGCAGGAAACAGCUUCCCUGUCAUCCAGAUGAAGGAUGCUGUCGAUAAUGCCAUUGAGCUUGUGACGGACGAGGUCACCGUUUCUUAG